GCUCUUCCCUUCGGGUUCACUGUGUCCAGUUUCUAUCAGCUCUAGUCGCGUGAUCAUGUCUGGCAGAGGAAAAACCGGAGGAAAAGCCCGCGCUAAGGCCAAGUCCCGUUCCUCCCGUGCAGGGCUGCAGUUCCCGGUGGGUCGUGUCCACAGACUGCUGCGUAAAGGAAACUAUGCGGAGCGCGUCGGCGCCGGGGCCCCGGUGUAUCUGGCGGCUGUGUUGGAGUAUCUGACGGCUGAGAUCCUGGAGCUGGCUGGUAACGCAGCCAGGGACAACAAGAAGACCAGAAUCAUCCCCCGGCAUCUCCAGCUGGCCGUGCGUAACGACGAGGAGCUCAACAAGCUGCUGGGGGGAGUGACGAUCGCUCAGGGAGGCGUGCUGCCCAACAUCCAGGCUGUCCUCCUCCCCAAGAAGACCGAGAAACCCACCAAGAGCAAGUAGAGACUCCCCCGGCCCCCCUUUUCAUAUCAGUGUUCGUUUUUUGGAUAAACGCGCUCUCACACAGGAGGCCGUGUUUGCUGUUGUUGUUCUCAUGAUGAAGACUCUGGCUCCUCAUCCGGACUCAUCUUUGACUGCACUGUGAAAAUGGAGGCUGGGUUGAUGAAGGCCUGAAAAAAGCUGAUCUCAGUACGGACCAAUUUUUGACGCGGAGGUUGUUUUAGAUGCACAGUGCUGCUACAAACGUGCUAAAUUGUUCCAUUGUUGUGAUAUUUGUGUGCUGUUGUUCAAUAAAUGUCCUGUAGCCCUUUG